CGCACGUCUGCGACGCCCCACUCGAACCCCGCAGAGAGAGAGAGAUAGAGAGAGUUCAAUCCGACGGCAGACAAGCAAGGGGAUCUGAAGCCAUGGAAGAUGCAUAUCUCUACGACGAGGAGCGGCUGUGGAAAUGUCAGAAGCACCCGCUCAAGAAUCGCCAUGGCGUUUGCCCCAACUGCCUUCGCGAUCGCCUCCUCCUUCUCUGUCCGGACUGCGCCCAUCUACGUCCUUGCGCUUGCCUUCCGUCGUCUUCUUCCUCCUUCUCCUCCAUCUCCUCACUCGACCCCCCGAGAUCCAGCUUCGGCGGCGUUGGUCGUAUCGGAAGCCUAAUCGACGGCGAACCAGCCUUCCGGCGAUCCAGAUCUGCAGCAUUUACUUUUAUCCGACCGAGAUCGGAAGUCGCCGAUGAGGAGGUUCGUAUCAGAGUACGGCGUUGGGCUGCGUUUUGGCCUUUCUCUAAGGGUGCGAUUCGGAGGGUUGAUGAGGUAAUGGCGCCGGAAAAGUUUGUAAGAUCGAGCUCGGUGGCUGUGACGAGUUGUCAGGAUUUCCGUGGCGGUGAGAGAGGAGAAGGAAGGAAUAAGGGAUGGAAUUGGCUCUUUCCAAGCCCAACUAAGGUUUUCCGGCACAGGAAGUCUGCUAAGGUAGUUCAGGAGCGAUCCCCUUUCUACAGGGCAUGAUCGGUUGGAAUUUAGUAAGUAAAAACCAAGAAGAAAAUAAAUUUUUAUGAAGAUAGUUUUUCAAGUACUUUUUUUCUCAAGGUUUAGACUGCUCAGAGGAGCUUACUUUUUUUUUUCUUUAUUUUGUACAGAAACUAAUGUUUAUUCGUGUUAUGAAUUAAAAAUUUAGUUUUGUUA